UAAAACUGCACGCCUGCAGCUAGGUGAAUCUCGGCUUCACUGCCUGGCACCUCCUACCCAGUUCCUAUUGUCGUUACUAUCAUUGCAUACGGCGAGCAUAAUAAAGCAAAACUCUGGAAGCAAGCCCCUUUAUUUUUUAUUUUUUUGUGGAUUUUUGAUAUAAUUUCAUCGCCCAGUAUGGCAAAGUGGAUGACCCUAUCCGAGGUUCUGCAGAUUUGGAGGCGUGAGUUUGAAAGAGAGAGCUACGGAGACUCACAAGCUCAGAGCAUGGGCGUCGCUAUCGACAUGGUUGAAGAUAAUUCUAGCCAAGGCAGUCCUGGACCCUCUGCUGUCUCACCUUCAACACAGCCUCCACCUGCUGCUGCUUCUGCAAACCAAGACAGUCCUGGAUCUUCUGCAGUCUGCCCUCCUUCAACACAGUCUCCACCUGCUGCUGCUUCUGCAAACCAAGACAGUCCUGGAUCUUCUGCAGUCUGCCCUCCUUCAACACAGUCUCCACCUGCUGCUGCUUCUGCAAACCAAGACAGUCCUGGAUCUUCUGCCAUUUGUCCUCCUUCAACACAGUCUCCACCUGCUGUUGUGGCUUCUGCUAGGCCAGAGAGUCCUGGUAGCCUAUACAGUCCUGGCCCUUCUGUUGUCUCCCCUCCUUCAAGACUGUCUCCACCUGCUGUUGCUGCUUCUGCUAACCUAGACAGUCCUGCUAGCCUGUACAGUCCUGGCCUUUCUGUUGUCUCUCCUACUUCAACACAGUCUCCACCUGCUGUUGCUGUUUCUGCUAACCAAGACAUUCCUGCUAGCCUGUACAGUCCUGGCCCUUCUGUUUUCUGUCCUCCUUCAACAAAGUCUCCACAUCCUGUUGCUGCCCAUCUCCAAAGCUCUCUGAGUAAGUGGGAUUACUCCCAGUCGCCACAUGGCAAAAGACGAGUAAUAGACCCAGAAUCUAAGGAAGGAUGGCAUGACAUCAUCGACGAGGAUGAGGAACCUGGGCAGUUCCCUGGACGCUAUGCUGUCUGUACUCUGUCAAAACAGUCUCUAGCUGCUGCUGCUGCUGCUUCUGCUAGCCCAGACAGUCAUUGUCCCUCUGCUGUAUCUCCUCCUCCAACACAGUCUCUAACUGCUGCAAAUACUUCUGCUGCUGCUACUGACGCUCAUCUCGCAAGCUCUCUGGGGAAGUGGGAUAACACCAAGUUGCCACAUGCUAAAAGGAGGAAAAUAGACACAGAAUCUGAAGAAGGAUGGCAUGACAUUAACGAUGAGGAUGAGGAACCUGGGAAGUUCCCUGGACACUCUGUUGUCUUUUCUCCAUCAAUACGGUCUGUAGUUGCUGCUGAGGCUGCUAGCCCAGGCAGUCCUGAUAGCCCAUACAGUCCUGGAUCUUCUGCUGUCCCUCCUCCUUUAACACAGUCUCCACCUGCUGAUGCUGCUAGCCCAGAAAGUCCUGCUAGCCCGUACAGUCCUGGAUCUUCUGCUGUCUCUCCUACAACACAGUCUCCACCUGCUGUUGCUGCUUCUGCUAACCCAGACAGUCCUGCUAGCCUGUACAGUCCUGGCCCUUGUGUUGUCUCUCCCCCUUCAACACAGCCUCCACCUGCUGUUGCUGCUUCUGCUAACACAGAUAGUCCUGCUAGCCUGUACAGUCCUGGCCCCUCUGUUGUCUCUCCUCCUUCAACACAGUCUCCACUUGCUGUUGCUGCUUCUGCUAACUCAGACAGUCCUGCUAGCCUGUACAGUCCUGGUCCUUGUGCUGUCUUCCCUCCUUCAACACAGUCUCCACCUCCUGUUGCUGCUUCUUCUGCUGCUGCCCAUCUCCAAAGCUCUCUGGGGAAGUGGGAUGACUCCCAGUCACCACAUGCCAAAAGAAGAGUAAUGGACCCAGAUUCUGAGGAAGGAUGGCAUGACAUCAACAACGAGGAUGAGGAACCUGGGCAGUUACCUGGAAACUGUGCUGUCUGUUCUCCAUCAACACAGUCUCUAGCUACUUCUGCUGCUGCUUCUGCUAGCCCAGACAGUCAUGGACCCUCUGCUGUAUCCCCCCCUUCAACACAGUUUCUAACCGCUGCUGCUUCUGCUCACCCAGACAUUCCCGGAUCUUCUGAUUUCGUUCCUCCUUCAACACAGUAUCUAUUUUCUGCUUCUGCUUUCCCAGACGUUUCUGGACCCGCUGGUGUCUCUCCUCCUUCAACAGAGUCUGUAGCUGCUUCUGCUAGCGCAGACAGUCCUGGACCAGCUGCUGUGUCUCUUCCUUCAACACAGUCUCCACCUGUUGUUGCUUCUGCUAGCCCAGAGAGUCCUGGGCCUUCUGCUCUCUCUCUUCCUUCAACUCAGUCUCCCCUUGCUGCUGCUGCUCCUGCUGCUGUUCCUCCCCGCAGAACUCCUGUGAAGAGAACAAUGGGGCAUGACUUCCAGUCACCACGUAGCAAAAGAAGAGUAAUCGAUCCCGAUUAUGAGGAAGGAUGGCAUGGCAUCAACGACGAGGAUGAGGAACCUCGCCAGUUUCCCUUCCACCCAAAAAGGACGCCUGGAGUGCAGCUGGACUGUCAGCAUAACUAUACCCCAUUGGAACUGUUCCAACUGUUCUUCAGCAAAGACACUGUGAAGAUUCUCUGCCAGAACACUAAUAAGAACAUGGAGCGCAAGCGUCUUCAGGGGUUUCGUACAGCACAUAUUUUCAAAGAAGUGACUCCUGGGGACAUGUCAAAUUAUAUCUCUAUGGUCAUUUACCUUGGUCUUGUGAGGCCCUCUUCUUUCCGGGACCUCUGGAGGACAGACAAACUUCAUAGCCACUACUUUCCCUCCAGUGUGAUGCCAGGCUACAAGUUUAUGGCCAUUGGUUCGUACCUUCAUAUGAGUGACCCGGCAGAAGACGUCCUUAAUGAUCAGCUCAGAGGCCAGGAAGGCUAUGACCCCCUAUUUCGCCUGAAGCCACUACAAAACCAGAUCCUCACAGCGUGCAGGGCAUACUACCACCCUUAUCAGAAUCUGUCCAUAGAUGAGCGCAUGGUAGCCACGAAAGGUCGCAUUGGAAUUAAGCAGUUCAUGAAGGAUAAACCGACGAAGUGGGGCUUCAAGUUGUUCGUCCUGGCUGACAGCAAGUCGGGCUACACGUGCGACUUCAGUGUAUACCAGGGGAAGGCCUUCACUCCCAGUGGGAACGGCCUGAGCUACGAUGCUGUUGUGAACCUGCUCCGGGUGCCUUUCCUUGGGACAGGGUACCAUCUCUUUGUGGACAACUUUUACACCAGCACAGCUCUUUUCCGCCAUCUCCACCAAAUCCGCUACGGAGCUUGCGGCACCAUGAGGGAGAACCUAACUUGCUUUCCAAAGACGACGGUGAAUGCGCUUCCAAAGAGGGCUGAUCGUGGGGACCUCAGGUGGAUCAGGGAUGGGCCUCUCCUGUACGUGAAGUGGAAGGACAACAGAGACGUAUGUCUGUGUUCCACAAUCCACAAGGCCUACAGUGGGCAGUCAGUGCAGAGACGUGUUAGGGACCCUAAUGAACCCAGGUCCACUCGCGCUGUCCCUGUUCCUGACCCUGUGGUUCAGUACAACAAGUACAUGGGCGGGGUUGACCUGUCGGAUGCCCUCAUCAAGUAUUACAACGUCAAUCAGAAGACCAUGCGCUGGUAUAAGAAGCUGUUCCUUCACUUUGUGGACAUUGCGGUUGUGAACAGCUACAUAAUCCACAAAGAGUUGGUUCUGAUAAAAGGGCAGAGGCCCAUGACCCAGAAGCGAUUCCGGGAGACUCUCUGCAUGCAGCUGGCUAAAGUGGGCAAGCAUGGCAGCACCAGACAGGAGAAGGUUGAGGAGGUAAUGAAGAUGGCAGCUCCCAAACCACAAGAGACGGUAGAGGAAAAGAAGCCACCGGAAGCACCAGUGCAGAAGACACCACCCUUUUCCUGUUUUCCUGUAACAGUCACAGAUGUCAGCGGCACUGAUUCUCGUUUCAAGUCCACGAGGGGGAGGAGGUCCUGCGUGCUCUGUAGCAGCAGAAAGAUAGUGAACAAGACCAUCUACAAGUGCAAUUCUUGUGAUGUCCCUCUCUGCAUUGUGGUGGACCGCAUCUGCUUUACAGAGUGGCAUAAUCUCAAAAACAGCCAGGCGCCCUCUAAGAUGUGAACAAGCCUUAUGUCGGCAGAUAAAAUUAUAAAAAAAGGUUUCCAAUUUCAGGUAAGAAAACAUAUGAGCAGUCUGUGCUAGUGUACAAGUGACUGUGACUAACAAGUAAAUUAAUGCAUAGUUAAUUACAUAAAUGACCAACAAGGAGAAAACGAACUGGCAGCUCUAUUAAAACAUUCACUUUUCUGAAUUGCCUGGUGACAGGCAAACCCCACCCUUUGGAAUAUAUACAUGAAUGUAAACCAGGUCUUAUGUUUCAGGUUUGCUUGUUCUAUUUGUACUUUUUUAGGUAUUUGGUUUGCAUAGGACCUAAAUUUAAAGUAUAUAACAGUGAAGUUCUUGGGUGGAUUUUCUGCUGAUGUGUAUUCCACAUUCAAACACCAAUGUUGUGCUGUUUCAGGAUAUAUUUCAUUUUAUCCUUUUAAUUAACCAUUGGUUGUGUGGGAAAUAAUUCUGAAUUAAUUAACAGGUAGCUAUGGUAACAAUCACAACUUAUUGUUGGAUAAUGGGGUGAUAACAUCCUACAAGGUUUACUGAGUAUGCAAGUACUGCAGUGUCAGCCUGAACUUUGUGCUUUAGCUUGAUGAGAAGACUGUGGAAGGCCAAAGCCUUUUAAUGAGCUUUGCUGUUUUUGUGAGCAAGUGAGGAUAUAAGUGUGAGAAAGUAAACCAAAAUACUCUAAUCAGAAAUUCACUAUUGGUUCUUUUUUCUUACUGGGAACAUUUUAAAAUGUAUUUUUACUUUUUUUUUAAACAUAGCUUGCAUUACCACUAUGGUUUUCAUUUCUGUUUUUCCCAGAUUGAAUGAUGCAUUCAAGGACUACAGUACCUACCAGUGCUAAUGUUUUAUUUUUUACUGUUUUGGCUUGUGUUGUUUUUUAAUCAUUGUUUCAGGCUGUGCUGGAAACUUGGGUUUGUCUGACAAUGAAUCCCAAGUAAACCUCAAAAUUAAUCUCAUGGCUUGGUCAUGAACAAAAAUGUGGGGUUUUUAAUAGAAGCCAGUCCACAAGCACAGUCUACAAAAAUCUUGGGGAAAGAUUCUGGAAGAUUCUCUACGGCAGUGUAGCGAUGUUUAACUAUACACAGGAGCUUUGUGGCCUCUCCCUACCUCACUACGGGACUCCGCGGAGUCACGUUCUUCAUUAAUUUUUUUGGUUAAGCAAGGCAUAAUGACGUGCCUGUCCCCUUGCGACCAAUAAACUUUCUGCUUGAUCAGUUCAGCAUCAGCUCGGGCCCAGGAACACCCCCUUUUUGGAGGAAUGGGGAGCCUGAUUUAACAAGCUUAAAAUACCUGAUUAGGUUAUUUUACUGCUAUUUGUUUUUGUGUUUUGUUUGUUGUGUGUAUGUUGGUCUGGAAUAGCGAAUUCCCUGACCUUGUUGUUUUACAUUGUUAAAACUUUAUUUUAUGAGACUAAUUAGACAAACUAACCUCGUAAAAUAGAGUAGCGUGUCACUAACUUUUAAGACAAAUUAACCUUUGUUCAAUGGUAGUACUGCUAACGUCUAUGUUUAGCCGUUGCAUAAUUAUAAUUUCCUCGUAUUAGGAUCAUAUAAUAUUAUUCCUCAUUUAAUACAAAUCAUAGUUUUCAAUUAGUGUAUUCACUUAUUCAUUAUCAUAACUAAUACAUGUAUGUCAUUUAUUUCCAAACGAUUGUCGUGUUUCUGUUAUUUCACUUAGUUGGGCUCUACAGACGUACCAACUUCUUCUGAUUGGUUGUCGAACUCCACUGUUCUGAACAAACCUGACCCCACCUCACUACAGCAGAAUAGUCAGACCCCCCCCCCCCCCAAUAUACUACUAUAAAAGUUUGUACACUGAACUGGAAGCUGUAACCACUACAUUAGGGAUACUUGAAUCUGUCAUAUUGGGAUUGUCAAAGUGUAUUGUUUUUUUGUUUUCUGUUUCAUUGUCUGUAAACAAGGGGGAAUGUCAUGUUUGCAUAUGAGCACACAUAUGUGUAUGUAUAUGGAUGUGAUAGAAAUACCGUUUUAUGAAUUCUUGCAGUUUAUAGGUAUGACAUAGCUGUGCAUGUAUUUGUAUGUGAGUUUCUUUCCUUUGUGUGUAUGUAUUUCGAUAUAUGAAAAUAAAUUUUUUUAACAAAAAGCUACAACA